AAAUUACUGCGUGUUUUUAAAUGAUUUCAGUUCGAUUCGUUUUGAUUUAACCGGUCUGAAGUCGGGCUCGCGUGCUCAGUCGGGAAGACGUCGCGCGCCGUCCUGCGGAGACGUGAGGCCGACAAGCAGCAAGUUGCUGGUCCAAGAUGUCUUACUCGUCGCGGAGUUCGUACGACUGUAAGGUCUACGUGGGUGACCUGGGCAGCGGCGCGGCGAAGGGAGAGCUGGAGCAGGCGUUCGGCUACUACGGGCCCCUGCGGAACGUAUGGGUGGCGCGCAAUCCUCCCGGCUUCGCUUUCGUGGAGUACGAGGACUCCAGAGACGCGGAGGAUGCCGUGAAGGGGAUGGACGGAAAGAUGCUCUGUGGUGCUCGUAUUCGUGUCGAGAUGUCGAACGGAAUGUCCCGGAAAUCUCGCUUCGGCCGGCCGAGCCGUAGGGCGUUCGAUCCGAACGACCGCUGCUACCAGUGUGGCGAGACGGGACAUUACGCCUACGACUGCUACCGCUUCAGCAGGCGAGGUGGCCGACGCAGCAGCAGGUCUCGGUCUAGAUCUCGCGGUCGCCGCUACCACUCACGCAGCCGUAGCAAUGAGCGGAGGCAUCGUCGUUCCCCUUCAUACUCCAAAAGGAGGAGCAGGUCUGGGUCCCAGGACCGUUCUAGAUCCAGAACUCCAGUCAGGCGCUCUCGCUCUCCUGUGCGCCGCUCCAGAAGUCCAGCCAGAAGGUCGAGAACACCGGUCCGCAGGAGCAGUCGCUCUCGAUCACGUUCCCGCUCCAACUCCAGACAGAGGGCACGCAGUGCGUCCAGAUCCCGAUCUCGUUCCCGAUCACGCUCUCGUUCACGCUCAGUCAGCCAGAAGAGAGACAGUCGUUCCAGGUCUCCGAGCCCAAGAAAGAACCCCACACCGGACGCCGACUGAUUCGGAGCAACGUUUUCUCGUCUCUCGAUCUCCCCCCACCCCCCUCUGCCUACCCCCCUGUAUGCUGAAGCCUCUCGGCUGUCCCACUAGCUGCAGUUCAGGUUUCACUGGUUUCAUCGAAUCUUUUUGUUCGUUAACGACCUUCCCUGCAGUUUCAGUUCGGUUUCUCUGCAGCCGUGUGUACAAUCGAACAUCUGUACUACUUUCUGCUCCCUCUAAUUUCAGGAGGUUUUUUGUGCUACACCACCUUCCUCCUAAAAUCCUCGUAAAUAUAUUUUUAAGAAUUUUAAGUCAUUUUUAGUUUGUGUUUUGGGACUGUGGUCAGCGAGUGUCUGGUUGGGGGGCUGGGUCAGUUUAUCUAGUUGGGGGGGGGGGAGAAAAAAUGAGCUGUGAUUGGGUCAAAGCUGAGUUUAAAGUAUUUUUGUUUAGUUAUUUUUUUUUAAUUUUUAUUUUUUAUUUUUUUCGUUGGAAAUGCCAUUGAUCUUUUUAAUAAAGUGAAUCUUUACACACUU